AUGGGUACUCCACUGAUCUAUUUGGACCAGUCCUACACUUUGCAUUAUCCUCCAGGCACCAAACACACUGAUGGAGCCUCCGAGGAUGUGUUAGCUAUCACCCAUGAGCAUUGGACUCAAUAUCCGCCAGUACAUCCAUUCAUCCAACACACAUUUGGACUGCUUUUCUUCGUGCUUUGGUUCAUCUCCGUUACCGGCAAUGGACUCGUUAUCUUCAUCUUUCUCAAGACCAAAACUCUUCGAACCCCAUCUAACAUGCUAGUGGUGGCCUUGGCCUUUUCUGACUUUGUCAUGAUCUGGUCUCAGGCGCCACCAUUGUUUAUCAAUGUUUUCAUGAGCAAACAUUGGGCGUUUGGUCCGCUCGCUUGCGAGUUAUAUGGAUUCUUGGGCGGAGUUUUCGGAUGCGGGUCGCUUUGGAUGAUUAUCAUGAUUGGCUAUGAUCGAUACAAUGUCAUUGUGAAAGGAUUUAAUGGCAUGAAAAUCACCCCUUGCAUUGCUUUUCUCAUGAUCGUUUUCUCGUUCGCCUACUCGACAGCUCUGUGUAUUCUUCCACUCCUGAAAGUCUGGGGGAGUUACAAAUUGGAGGGUCUUCUGCUAACCUGUUCCUUUGACUAUCUUACUGAUGAUUGGAUCAACAAGAGUUUCACACUUUUCUUCUUUUUGGGAUGUUUUGGUCUCCCCAUGUGCUUCAUCAUCUAUUUUUACUCGCAAAUUGUCUAUGCAGUGGUGGCACAUGAACGGGCCCUGAAGGCUCAAGCCAAAAAGAUGAAUGUGGAAAGUCUUCGAUCAAACACAGACGCCAAUGCCGAGAGCGCAGAGGUGAGAAUCGCCAAAGUGGCGAUCACCAACAUUUGCUUGUGGCUCCUGGCUUGGACUCCUUAUGCCGCUAUCGCCAUGAUUGGACAGUUUGGGGGUGCUCACUUGUUGACCCCGGUGGUCACGCAACUCCCUUCGUUCUUGGCCAAGACCGCUUCGUGUUUCAACCCCAUUGUUUACGCUGUCAGCCAUCCCAAGUAUCGGGAAGCUUUGACCAAGGAACUUCCUUGUCUUGGAAUCAGGGAGGAGUCCCAAAGCAAUGAAAACAAGACUACGGCUGAGACCACGGGAUAGAGAAACCGUGUUGCUUAAAAAACCUGAAAUUGAGAGCUUUCAACUUUUGGGAAAAAUGUGUCCAAAGGCAAUGGGUCAAUUCAAUACAAGUUUCUUGGAGGAACUAUUAGUGUCCAGAUGUGCCAGAUAUAUUUUAAUUGCAAUUUUUCAUUGACCUGUACAAUUGAAGAAUAAACUGAAUGAUCCCCUGCAUCA